UUGCCAACUCUAGAACAUUUUCAGACAGUAAAUAACUUUUGGAAAAUCGCUUACUGCAACAAAAGAUAUGUCUUCGUCCAAGCUAGAAAUAGAGAAAACGGCUGGCGAGAGCCACCAGAAACAGCCGGGUGCAGUUAACGCGGAGAUUGCGGGUGGCAAGGAACCAGAAACGGCCUCAGAUGAGGGCGGCCCAAAAAAUGAUCAAGAUUUUGCCGCGGCCGAGCAGUACAAAAAUCAGGGAAAUGAUUUGCUCAAAACCAAGGAAUUUACAAAAGCCAUCGACAUGUAUACCAAAGCCAUAGACCUGUAUCCCAACAGCGCGAUAUAUUAUGCCAACCGAUCGUUAGCACAUCUGCGCCAGGAGAGCUUUGGCUAUGCCCUGCAGGACGGUGUGUCGGCGGUGAAGGCAGAUCCCGGCUACUUGAAGGGCUACUACCGCCGUGCAGCGGCCCACAUGUCGCUGGGAAAGUUCAAGCAGGCGCUGUGCGACUUUGAAUUUGUAGCCAAGUGCAGGCCCAAUGAUAAGGAUGCCAAGCUCAAAUUCACCGAGUGCACGAAAAUUGUGAAAAUGCGUGCCUUCGAGCGAGCCAUUGCAGUGGACAAGCCUGAGAAAACGCUCGCAGAGAUGUACAGGGACAUGGAAAACAUAAAUAUUGAGGAUGACUACAAUGGACCACAGCUGGAGGAUGGAAAGGUAACGCUGCAGUUUAUGAAGGAUCUGAUGGAGCAUUACAAGGGACAAAAGCGAUUGCAUCGCAAAUUUGCCUACAAAAUACUCUGCGAAAUUGAUACAUACAUGCGUGCCCAGCCCUCUCUGGUGGACAUCACUGUGCAGGAUGAGGAGAAGUUUACGAUUUGCGGUGACAUUCACGGCCAGUUCUAUGAUCUGAUGAACAUCUUCGAAAUAAAUGGACUGCCAUCCGAGAAGAAUCCCUAUUUGUUCAAUGGAGACUUUGUGGACAGAGGCUCCUUCUCCGUGGAAUGCAUAUUCACGUUGUUUGGCUUCAAGCUGCUGUAUCCCAAUCACUUCUUCUUGUCCCGCGGUAACCAUGAGAGUAUCAACAUGAACCAAAUGUACGGAUUCACUGGCGAGGUAACAGCUAAAUACACCAGCACCAUGGCGGACAUAUUCACGCAAGUGUUCAACUGGCUGCCACUGUGCCACUGCAUCAAUCAGAAGAUACUGGUAAUGCACGGCGGUCUGUUUUCCUCGGAUAAUGUCACACUGGACAACAUCAGGAGAAUCGAACGGAACUGUCAGCCACCCGAGGAGGGACUCAUGUGCGAACUGCUGUGGUCCGAUCCGCAGCAAUGGAUGGGCCGUGGGCCGUCCAAGCGCGGUGUUGGCAUACAGUUUGGACCGGACAUAACUGAAUCAUUCUGUAAGCUCAAUAACUUGGACUACAUUAUACGCAGCCACGAAGUCAAGGAUAUGGGCUACGAGGUGGCCCACAACGGACAAUGCAUCACUGUCUUCUCUGCCCCGAACUAUUGUGAUACUAUGGGCAAUAUGGGCGCAUUUAUUACCAUUACGGGUAACGACUUGAAACCAAAUUACAAAUCAUUCGAGGCUGUGCCACAUCCCGAUGUCAAGCCGAUGGCAUAUGCCAACAGCCUAAUGAACUGGUUGGCGUAGUCAUAGAAGUCAAAUCAGUUUCCAAUUAACUUCAAUAGCUAAACACAUACAAACCCACAACAAACAAACAGCUUGAGAACCCACACAACCGCAGAGCAGUCAACGAACAAAGAAAAUUCAGAUAGAUAGUGGAUGCAAAGAGGAUUCUGGAUAUGCUCAAUAGACUUUUAUGCACACACACACACCACACUACACACUGUGACUAGCUGCUUCACUACUUAAGGUGCGACGAGUAUUGCGAGUCAAUGAGGGAAGAAAAGGAUCACAAAUACAGAAACAAAAAGAACAGCAAUCAUUUUAUAAAAUUCAGCUAUAUUUGAUACAGAUACAGAUGCAGAUACAGAUCGAGGAUGUUAUAGUGUUUAGUGGCUUUAGAAGUCGGAUGCUAAGUUUUAUCGGUGCCAAGCAUCUGCGGUUGCACAUACGAGUGUAAGUUGAGAAGGAAAUUAAAUGAAUGGAAAUGUAAUGUUUGUUCAUGCAUAGCAUUUAGUCAUUGGCCACCAAAAUCCCAGUACAGUAUAUACAUAUACAUAUGCAUACACAUACAUAAAUAUACACACACACACACACAUACUAUAUAUGAAAUUCGAUUUCAAUUCAAUUCGGUUUGUCGCUACUCCUUCUCCUCCCUCCUUCAGCAACUGUGUAUAAAUUAUUUUUGUCUUUUUUUAUCCUUCCUUGCCUUGUUUUUAUUAUAAAAAGUCACUUUAAUAAAACAUAUUCAAGCUAGUGAGAAACCUCCAAUUAAAAUCUUUUUCGAUAUUUUCCUCCUCCUUGCGCUUGUGAUGAGGAUCAAUCAAUAAUCCAAGAAUAUUCUUACCAUAACUAAAUGUGUAUCAACAAAUAUGUAUCCGAAAAAACAAUGCAUUAAAAGACACUUAGCAUUAAA